AGAAAAAGACUGACACAAUGUCAUUUCCGGGUUUCUGAAAUGGCGACGAUCAUGUUGUAAACAGACGACGAAAGCCACGAUUCCAGUCAAGAUAUUUUAAGUUCUCAUAUUUUGGUAACCCUUUCAAGCCAGUGAACGUGACACCGUAGCCAUGCCGGAGGAAGAGGUUGCAGCAACUGCAUCGACUGGCGCCGAAGGGGUGGUCGGUCUGGAGGAGCCCAAGAAGAUGACCAGAGAAGACUGGAGGAAGAAGAAGGAAUUAGAGGAGCAGAGAAAACUGGGAAAUGCUCCUGCUGAGGUGGACGAAGAAGGGAAGGAUAUCAACCCUCACAUCCCUCAGUACAUCUCCUCAGUGCCUUGGUACAUAGACCCUUCUAAGAGGCCCACCCUAAAGCACCAGAGGCCUCAGGAGGAACGGCAGAAGCAGUUCUCCUCCAUUGAGGAGUGGUACAGGAGAGGAGUGCAGGAGAAAGCACCCAGCACCAAGUUCAGGAAGGGCGCAUGUGAGAACUGCGGUGCCCUUACGCACAAGAAGAAGGACUGCCUGGAGCGGCCCAGGAAGGUUGGGGCAAAGUUCACUGGUACCGGAAUGGCCCCCGACGAACACAGCCAGAUCUCUCUGGAUUUGGACUACGACGGGAAAAGGGACCGCUGGAACGGUUAUGACCCGGAAGAUCACAUGCGUAUCGUGGAGGAGUACGCCAAAGUAGAUCAGGCCAAACAAACGCUGAAAUCUCAGAAACUCCAUGAGGAGCUUGCUUCAGGAAAACUCACAGACCAAGCAACCUCCUCAAGAAAGUGGGACGACGGCGAACGCACGCAGGAGCAAAACAGCGAGGACGAGGAUGAAGACAAGUACGCCGACGACAUCGACAUGCCGGGGCAGAACUUUGACUCCAAGAGACGUAUCACAGUCAGAAACCUGCGUAUCAGAGAGGACAUCGCUAAGUACUUGAGAAAUCUGGAUCCUGACUCUGCCUACUACGAUCCCAAAACCCGAGCCAUGAGGGAGAACCCAUACAAGAACACUGGGAUGGUGCCUGAAGAUGUGGGCUUUGCCGGAGACAAUUUUGUCCGCUACUCUGGAGACACUGUCACCAUGGCCCAGACACAGCUGUUUGCGUGGGAGGCCUAUGAAAAGGGCUCAGAGGUGCACCUCCAGGCAGACCCAACCAAGCUGGAGCUGCUUCACCAGUCCUUCAAGGUCAAGAAGGAAGAGUUCAAGGACAAACAGAAGGAGACCAUACUGGAUAAGUACGGUGGUGAGGAGCACCUGAAUGCCCCCCCCAGGGAGCUGCUCCUGGCCCAAACAGAGGACUACGUGGAGUACAGUCGUCACGGCGCCGUGUUGAAGGGACUGGAGAAGGCCGUGGCCCGCUCCAAGUACGAAGAGGAUGUGCUCCUUCAGAACCACACGUGUAUCUGGGGCUCCUACUGGAGAGAUGGCUGCUGGGGCUUCAAGUGCUGCCACUCCAUGGUCAAACAGAGUUACUGCACCGGAGAGGCUGGCAUCAAAACCAUGAGCUCCUCGGCCUGUGUUCCAUUCGAGGAGGGAUUAGCGCAGGAGGAGGAAGAGGAGCCUAAGACACUGCUAGAGAUGCACCGGGAGAAGCUGAAGGAGAAAGAGAAGAAGAAGAAGAACAGGAAGAAGAACAAGAAGAAGCACGGCUCAGACAGCAGCGACUCUGAAGAUAACGAGGAGAAGAAGAAAGAUAAGCUGAAGAAGGCCCUGGCGGCAGAGGAUGAGCGUGUGAAGCAGGUGAUGGAGAUGAUGAAAGUGGAUGAGAGAAAAAGGAAAUACAACAGCCUGCAGGAGAUCAAGGAGCCCACGGAGGAGGAGAUGGAGGCCUUCAGGAUGAAACGCUGCAGAGAAGAUGACCCCAUGGCCAAAUUCCUGGGGUUGGGAGAGUGAUGGUGACACCUCUUACCUGCCCCGAGACUCUACCUACACCAGACCCUCCUGUACCCCUACAGGGUCCCGGCCUCCCUCCUGUACCCCUACAGGGUCCC